UGCAGAAGACGCCAGUCAUCAGAUGGCUGCAAGCGACCCAUUUGCAUGUUGAUCGUCAUGAUAAUCUCACAACAAAUGUGGUAAAUUCACGACAUUUGUAUUUUUGACACGUAAUGGAUUUGGAGCAAGUAGAUCUUCCACCACGAAUCUAUCGCGCAUUGAAAAGAGCCUGUUUCGACACUAUUGAUCAGGUGUUACACCUGUCGGCAACCGAGUUGGCUACGCGGACAAGUCUCGAGCAGCGUGAUGUCCAAGACACCCUUACAAUAUUAUCAGAAGCCGUCUAUUCCUGCGUAUUGUGCAAGUCGACCGCUUUGCUAGAACGAAGGCAGCAAUAUGAUAGACUGUCUGUGGGGGAUCCAUAUAUUGAUGCCGUCCUAAGAGGCGGCGUACUAACAAGCAGCAUCACAGAAGUUCAUGGCAAGAGCGCUGUUGGCAAGACGCAACUGAUGUUGCAGUUGUGCAUUAUGGCGCAACUUCCUGUGGAGCUGGGCGGGCUUGCGUCAGGAGCUCUUUACAUCGCAACGGAGCAAACUUUUCCAAUCAACCGCUUCGCCCAACUGGAGCAGCAUAUGAAAAAGCGAUUUCCUCAGCUGUCCAACAUGAACAUGAGCGACAAUGUACAUAUCGUCCACAUUCGUGAUCAUGAAACCCAGCAACAUAUUCUGUCAUAUCAUCUGGCUACAGCGAUGCUUACACAUAAUAUUCGACUCGUUAUAGUGGACUCCAUAGCAGCCAACUUUAGAGGAGACGAGGAUGUAGCUUCUUGGGAUGCGGCCGCUCGAGCGAAGGCAAUUUUCGAACUGGGUGCCUCGUUGAAGAAGCUUGCACAUGAAUAUAAUGCAGCCGUUGUGUGCGUCAAUCAAGUUACAGAUAUAUUCAAUGAUACUAUAUCGCACGCAACGGUCGGUGGGAUUCAAGGCGGGGAUCCGUAUUUACGAGUGACAGCAUGUGUUCAGAAAGAUCCGAAUGAAGAUGCCGUGACGCCUACUUUGGGACUUGCUUGGUCUAAUAUUGUCAACACUCGGAUAAAGAUGUCACGUAGAGACACAUUAGUUCCAGAGAGUGACAUCGUUUGCGCUAAUGGUUCGGAGACCGCUGCCUGCAACAUCACAAGAACGCUGACGGUCUGCUUCGGGCCACAUCUACCACUCUCCAAUUGCAAAUUUGAAAUCACCGCUUCCGGCAUUGUUGGCUUAUCAGCCGACAAGUGAUGUGGAUUUGUCGCUGUAGCGGCAUGGCAAGUGUGUAUGUUAUUAUUACCCCCACGUGUUCUUUAGAAUAGGUGCAGAUGCAUAUGUAUUUAUAGGUAUAGAUGGUUUACGUCCUUUCUACUAAACAUAUUAAUCAGCUUUGAAUAUUGGGGUGAACCCUCUCUCUUC